CCGCCGGAUCCGGCGCGGCCGCGGCGGAAGUCCACAGAGUGGCAGAUGCAGGAGCGGAUCAAGGAGCUGGAGGGCACCGUCCAGCAGCUCCGGAAAGAGCAGAAGGCCGACCGCGAGAUGCUCCGGGACGUCUGCGCCCACCGGGACCGGCUGCAGCAGCUCCGGAAGUCCGAGGAGCGGCUCAGGCAGCGGGGCUCGCCUUCUGCGCCUUCCGCGCUCUCCACGCAGCGGUCCAUCGCCAGCUCUUCCAAGGAGAGCUCUACCACCUGCAAUCCAACGGAUAGCCCGCCGGAGGCGAAAUAGCCCUGGCGCCAACGCAAAA